AUGGGUGUUCCGGCGCUUUUUCGAUGGCUCAGUAAAAAGUACCCUAAAAUUGUCACUCCAGUCGUCGAGGAGGACGAGACAAAGGUCGAAGGCGGAGACGGUGACGAGAUCAUCAUUCCUGUCAACAUCGCACUGCCCAACCCCAACAACGUGGAAUUUGACAAUUUGUACCUGGACAUGAAUGCUAUUGUUCAUCCCUGCACACACCCGGAAGGCAAGCCCGCCCCGGAAACAGAGGAGGAAAUGAUGUUGGAGGUAUUCAAAUAUACCGAAAGAGUCGUCAACAUGAUUAGACCUCGAAAGCUUUUGGUCAUGGCAAUUGAUGGUGUCGCUCCGCGUGCAAAGAUGAAUCAGCAGCGCUCUAGACGAUUCCGUUCUGCUCAAGAGGCCAAAGAGAAGGAGGAGGCGCGCCGAGAGUCUCUCGCUUUGUGGGAAGCUAUGGGCAAGACCGUAAGCGAAGAGGAAAGGAAUAAGAAAGCCUGGGAUUCAAAUGCCAUCACGCCUGGUACUCCCUUCAUGGACCUAUUGACGUCAUCGCUACGGUACUGGGUCGUGCAAAAGGCGAACACUGAUCCCGGUUGGAAGCAGCUUGAAGUGAUCAUUUCAGACGCAAGCGUUCCGGGUGAGGGCGAGCAUAAGAUCAUGGAUUAUGUUAGACGUCAGAGGUCCAAUCCAGGGCAUGAUCCCAACACACAGCACGUCAUCUACGGACUCGAUGCGGAUCUCAUUAUGCUGGCAUUGGCUACUCAUGAACCUCACUUUAAGGUUCUUCGAGAGGACGUCUUUGCCCAGUCAGGUAGUUCCACUGCAUGCCGGAUGUGCGGGCAAGAAGGACACUAUGCCGCUCAAUGUGAGGAACGUCAAAAUCAGAACGCCAAACGACGCAAAGUGGAUAUGAAUGGAUCUUCAGGCCCAUCUCCCAGCAUACAGCUCACAUCUAAUCCGCGGUCUGCCCCUGUCGCCAACAACUUCGCCGCAAAGGCAGACUCCAUCGGACUCGGCGGCCCCAAGACGGAACAAGCGAUCUCAAGUGAGCGCACGGCCGCGCAAGCUCUGGCUGGAUCCAACCGCGACGUUGUGGCAAACCGCGCCGCUAUACGGAUGGCGAACUUGAGUGCUGCUGAGAUGCUUAAGGCUGAGAUGGCCAGCCUGAUGCCUGUGAAAAGACAUGCUCUUCCUCCUAAGCCUCCUGUUGUCGUGCCUACGCCUACUCCAGUUGUUGAGCCUGUUGCUGUUGUACCAUCGACCAACGACACUUCCGACAUGGAGGUCCCAGGACUGGGUUCAGGGAAUUUUAACGGCGAUGCCCCAUCGACUGGAAAAUCUGAUUCUGCACAGUCAAUACAAACUAGACAAUCAGACACUGAAUCUCGGAACGGGAAUGGAGCUAGUGCGAUGGAGAUUGAUAAACGUACAGAAGUAGCAGGGGUGAAGCGAUCGUUUGAAGAGGCUGAGGAAGACUUGGCGGAAGAUAGUAUAGGCGAAGAAGAAGAGGAUGAAGAUGCUCCUGCGAAACCGCUUGCCUUGAAAGUCAAUCCCGACGGCACAGUCGAACAGGAAGACACGGUGCGACUAUGGGAGUCAGGAUACAGAGAACGCUAUUAUCGUCAGAAGUUUGGGGUCGAGCCAACCGACGCCGAGUUCAAGAAGCGGAUCACUACAUCGUAUGUUGAAGGUCUCGCAUGGGUAUUGCGAUACUAUUAUCAAGGAACUCCAUCCUGGCAAUGGUAUUAUCCUUUCCAUUUCGCACCUUUCGCCGCAGACUUCGAAGAGAUUGACAAGAUGAACGUCGAGUUUGCGGAGGGACAGCCAUUUAAACCUUUUGAGCAGCUGAUGUCCGUGUUUCCAGCCGCGAGGUACGAACAUCUCGAUUUUGUCUGCUCUACGUCCUUCCCUGUACCACUCGAUGUCAAGGCGAGCAAGGGUAUGAGUGGUAGUGUUCUUCCGAACCCCGACUGUAUUCCUGGAUCGACAUAUUAUAGCCCACUAUCUUCGCAAGGCUUGCCUGACAUACGCAACGACCGCACACUCUCUGUACUAUACUUCUUCCCCAAGCAGUUGACUCCCCACCGCUCGGUAUUGCUCCCUGGCGUGCGACGACCACCUCGUGCGCUUACGGCUGACGACCUUGAAAACACCCGUCGGCGUGGACAAGGACGCGGAGGGAGAGAUUUCGGAGGGCAUGCCUCAACAUUCGCCGGCCAGACAUUCUAUGGGUCAAUGUCCCACAACAACGGCCGUAUGCAAAAUCAGGGAGGUUAUAACCGACCGCCUCAGUCGUACCAACAAGAUUCUGCGAACUCGUCUUGGCAGCCACAAUAUCCGCCACCGCAAAACAAUUAUGGUGGUUACAACAGACAGCCUCCUCCGUCAUCGUCUUACAAUGCCGGUGGUUACUCCGGUGGCCGUGGAGGAAGGCCGUCGCGUGGCGGGUACGGUGGUCCCCAGUCACAUGCAAGGGGAUACUCCCCCAGUGGGCCAUCUCCUGGUAGAGGAGGACACGCUGCUCCCGCAUAUAACGGUCCUCGGGGGGGUGGAAAUGCUGGAGGUGCUGCAUAUACCGGAGGAUAUGGCGGAUAUGGCGACCAGCAGUCACCCCAAUCAAACGGGUAUCGGGGAGGAUACGGCGGACACAACAGGGGCGGUUCAAAUAAUGCCCCCCGAGGUCGUGGUCGCGGUGGAUGGUACUAA